CGCAUCAAUCUUUUCCCAAACGUCGUAGUGUGAGGAGCCAGACACUUUGCUUGUGAAAAUUCUUCUAAAUUGUGUUGUUUCAAAUAGUGUCGUGUGAGUUUCUUGAAAAUAGGACCGUUUGUUAGCGCCACAAAAUAGAAUGAACGUUAUUAACGAGUGGGAGGAGAUGUAUCAAACCGGGGGUCUGACGCCGGAAGUGAUAGUGCAGCAUUUGCGAAACAUCGCUGGUACCUUCAUACUUCCGGUGGGAGCGGACCAGCCGCAACUGCCCGAUCAGCAGCAGCAGCAGCAGGAGCAGCAGCAGCAGCAACAGAACGUGCCCGAUCCGGACGCGCAGGGCGGCAACAAUGGCUUUCUGUCCGGCAACUACGUAUACAGUGAUACGAUGGCACGGGCGGCCACCAUCGCCGUGAUGGAGCUGUUCAUCUGCGGCCCGAACCCGGACAACUAUCUGGAACAGAUCCGACAGGCCGACACCGUGUCGUCGGUGUGCGGACGCGUCUUCAAGAUUGGCGAGCCGACGUACAGCUGCCGGGAAUGCAGUAUGGAUCCGACGUGCGUGCUGUGCUCGACGUGCUUCAAAAAGUCAGAACAUCGCAACCACAAAUACAAAAUGGCUACUUCCGGUGGAGGCGGAUGCUGCGACUGCGGCGACGAGGAGGCUUGGAAGAAGUACCCAUUCUGCGAGGAACAUGCUGUUUGCAUUACCGAUCAGACGCAGGCGAGCCAGCAGCAGCAGGCACCGCUGCCGGAGGAACGAAAGAUGCGCUGCGAGAUCGUGUUCCGUGCCAUACUGAACUACAGCAUGCAGAUGCUGCAGAUGCACGGCACCGGGAACUGUCCCGAGCUGGAGGAUGACGAAAAUACACACUGCACGAUUCUGUACAACGACGAAACGCACACAUUCGAGCAGGUUAUCCAAACGCUAACUUCGAUCGUUAAAUGCGAACACAAAACCGCAAUCGAGUACGUGACCAGUAUUGACCGGGAGGGGCGUGCCGUCGUCAAGUGUGCCUCGUUCGAGGUGUGCAAGAAGCUAAAGGAGGACAUCGAGAACAAGGCGAUGCGCUCCACCCUGACUACCCGUGCGAUGCCGCUGAAGGUGACGGUGAUGCAUCGGAACGAGGUCGCCUGCCAGCAUCUGGCAAUGCAGCUGCUCGUAUGGCUCCAGGAGUUCUUGACCAAAAAUUCCACCUUCCGGAGCGUGUUCGCCGAGACGAUCAGCAAGCCGCAGGUGACGUACAAUCUGAAGUUCAUCCUCAGCAACGAUCACAACCUGUGGAAGUCGGCCCGCGCCUGCUGGCACCGCCUGCUCAUCUCGGGCAUGCUGAUGGAGUACGAGAACAAGAAGCUGCUGGCGACGACCUUCACCAAGCUGUACACGUCGCUGAUGCAGGACUUCAUCCGGGACGACCACUACCACUCGUUCUCGAUUGUGUCGCUGAGCGUGCAGCUGUUCACCGUGCCCACGAUCGCGCACUACCUGAUCGAGAACGAGUCCGCCUUCUUCAAGCUGAUGCACACCUACUUCUCCGAGACGAUCGACAAGUACGUGAAGAACCGGCAGCUGGUGUUCAUCAAGAACACGUCGACGAUGAACUCGUUCAAGCGGGCCGCCUACAUCCUGAUCGACCUGAAGUAUCUGCUCAGCUUCAAGCCGGAAAAGUGGACGCCGGAGCUGCGGGUCGGCUUCCUGCACGGCAUGCAGCAGCUGAUCCGGCUGCUGAAGUACAUGCAGGGCAUGGACGCGGCGACGCGCCAGGUCGGCCAGCACCUCGAGUACGAGCAGGAGUGGGAGACCGCGUUCACGCUGCACCUGAAGCUGUCCCACCUGAUUACGCUCGUGCUGGAGUGGUGCGCGACCGACCGCAUGGUGCUGCUGAAGGUGCUGCGCAUGGUCAUCACGGCGCUGACCGAGACCAAGUUCAUCGCGCUCGAGUCGGAAACGGUGGUGUGCGAGGCGGCCAACCACAGCGCCUCCUGCCUGACGUACGACGUGCUGACGCGCCCGGUCUCGGUGCACCUGCCGCUGACCCGCUUCCUCGCCGGGCUGUACACCGUGUUCGAGCGGCACGACUUCACCUUCGACAAGGUGUCGCAGAACCUGCCGGACCGGCCGACGCCGGAGCAGAUCAUCGAGCCGGUACUGUGCGCCCGCACGAUGAUGUCGCAGGUGCAGGCGGGCAUGUGGCGCCGGAACGGAUACGCCCUGAUCAACCAGCUGUUCUUCUACCGCAACGUCAAGUGCCGGUAUGAGAUGCUGGACAGGGACAUCGUUAUCCUGCAGAUGGGCGCGUCCCUGAUCGAGGCGAACGAGUUCAUCAUACACGUGCUGAACAAGUACAAGCUGCUCGGGUGGCUGGAGCAGGACGUGCCGGAGCGGCAGCGGGCAGUUGAUGCCGGGUCCGGCAGCGACGAGGACCACAUGCGGCAGGCCGGCAUACUGGUGGAGGAGUUUCUCGAGCUGCUGAUCGUGAUCAUCGGCGAGCGGUACGUGCCGGGCGUCGGCGACGUCACCGAGAGCGACCGCAUCAAGAAGGAGAUCGUGCAGCAGCUCUGCAUCAAGCCGCACUCGCACUCCGAGCUGAGCCGGGCGCUGAACGAGGACAGCUGCAGCGAGAUCAUGUUCGAGUCGGUGAUCGACGACGUGGCCGUGUUCGAGAAGCCGAACAGUGCGGAAAAGCGGGGCGUCUACAUCCUCAAGCCGGAGUACAACAGCUGGUACAAUCUGUACUUCUACCACUACAGCAAGGAGGACAAGUCCCGGUCGGAGGAGCGCCAGCGCUUGCAGAAGAAGGAGAAGAACGAGCUGGUCUGCUGUCCUCCGCCCACCCUACCAAAGCUUACACAAAUUUUCAGCACAAUACCCACUCUGCUGCAGUGUGAUGUUAUGCUGAAGGUGAUGCAUGUCGUGAUGACCCGAGCGCUCGAUUUGCGAUCAGUAUCAUUCACCGAAGGACAGUUGCAACGUGUCCUGCAUCUGAUCGGAUAUGCUCUACAGGAAGAGGAAUCGGGCCACUACCCGUACAUGACUUUCUACGACCGAAGCCAAACGAUCGGGCUGCUGCCGAUGCUGGAGGAGCUUUGCAACCAUCCAAGGGUGGAAUCGCUGCGGGAUCUGCUGCGCUGGGUAAUUCAGCGCUACAAAGCGAUGGAGGCGAAGCGCAUCAGCUCGAUCCAGAGCGAGAUCGAUCGGGGCGAGUCGAGCGGCAGCGGGCUGGCGAUGGCCGACCUGGACCGCCUCGAGAAGGAGCAGCGGGCGAAGCUGGCGGCGUUGCGCCGGGCCCAGCUGAUGGCGCAGAUGAAGCAGGCGCAGCAAACGUUCAUGACCACCAACCCGGACAUGUUCAGCACCGAGAGCGACGAUUCGUCCGAGCUGGGCCAGACGGAGCCGGAGCAGAGCGCCGACAUGGACUGGCAGACGACGAGCGUGCAGCUGGUCGCGCUCGGCCCGAACCGUACGCCGGUCAAGCCGGCUGACACGGCCGCCCUGCGCCACUCGUGCAUCCUCUGCUCGGAAAAGUCCGUCCUCGGCACGUACAAAUCGGUCAACAUGGUGUACGCCGCGUUCGUGCAGCGGUCGAGCGUGCUGUCCCGCUACCAGCAGACGGACGAGCGGGGCCAGCUGCAGCUGAUCGAGACGAAGACGCACCCGUCGCCGCACCUGACCACCUGCGGGCACGUGAUGCACUCGACCUGCUUCGACAAGUACUACAACAACGAGGUGAUCAAGGAGAACCGGCGCCCGUACCGGAACCGGGCCCCGAUCCUGUUCGACAUCGAGAAGAACGAGUUCCUGUGCCCGCUGUGCCGCUUCCUGAGCAACUGUCUGCUGCCGCUGGUGCCGCCGCACGAAACGAUCACGAGCAGCGCGAAGGCGCGCACGAACGCGUCGGUGCGGGCGGCCGGCGGCCCCGACUCGCUGCCCGAUCCGCCGAUAACGCAGCCGAACGAGUUCACCUUCCCGCUGUGGUACGCGUUCAUGCAGGACAUGGUGGCAAACACGGCGCACCGCGUGGAGCAUCCCAUACCGCCGCGUGGCUCGUCCGGCGGCGGCACGCCCAAGGAGCGUUCGAUCCGGGCCACGCAGCAGGAUGUGCUGAUCAAGCGCUUCCGGGAGGCGGAACAGCAGCCGAUGAGCCUUGAGGAAGAGAUGCCCACCACUAGUGGUGGUGCUGGUGGUGGUGCUGCUGCUGCUGCCGGUAGUGCUGGUGCCGAUGGUGGCCAGCAGCAGCCGGAGCCGCCACAGUACCGCCAGCUCCGUGACGGAAGUCGUGUGAUGAUAAUGGGUGGGGUGGAGCUGCCAGUGUACGAAAACGAGGACGACGUGCUGCUGGACCAGUACCACUCGAACCAGGCGUCGCUGACCUCGACCGACGAGGAGAUGGACUCGGACGAGGACGUCCGCUGGGUGAUGGAGCCGCCGAUCCACCUGAACACGCUGGUGCUGCGGGACGUGGAGCCGCUGCACGGGGUGCGGCUGCGCUACUACGGCACGACGCACGAUCCGCCCGAGAUAAGCCGGCUGUUCGACCGCACGAUCAAGUACUCGCUGCUCAACUUCGUGAAGAACGUGCGCAGCUUCACCACCGUGCCGUACAAGGCGAAGCGGUUCGCCGAGUAUCUCGCCCCGUGGCUGACGCUCUCCUACACGAUCAAGUCAAUCGAGAUGCAGCUGCGGGUGAUGCAGCGCCCGCUCGGCAGCGAGCUGUCGAUCCGCUACUCCACCUGCCUGACCGGGCUGGUGCGGGCGGCGAGCGCGAUGGGCCCGCUGGUCAAGUCGAUGACCGCGCACUACUACAUGCUGCUGUUUCUGGUGGACGUGUACGAGACGCUGUUCGGGCUGAAGCCGUCGCCGUCCUUCUUCGAGUGGGACCUGUUCGGGCUGCUCAACACGUGCCUGUUCACCACGCGCAGCGUGCUGUACAGCUUCGUGCGCACCGAGCGCAUGCCGAAGGGCGACACGCUCGACCACUCGAUCGUGCAGGCCAUCUUCGUGGUGAACAUGCUGCGCACCAUCAUCACGUCCGUGACCGGCAUGGAGACGGCGCAGGACACCCCGAUGGCCGACGGAGCCGACGAGGGAGGAGAGUGCAGCUAUGCGAAGCAGAAGGAGGAUCCGGGCAAGGGGCCGCUCACCGAUGCCGAGCGCAAUCUGCUGACCCUGUUUCAGCGGUACAACAUUCACCAACCAAAGUCGGGCUCGGCCGACGCAGACGACGGCGACGACGACCAGCACCAGGCGGAGGAGAAAAAGAAGAAACAGGAUGGCGGCUCGCCACAGGAACCGGUCGUGCUGCGCGGCACGCUGGCCGAGCAGCGGCGCAUCAGCCGGCAGCUGGCGCGAGACAUCCAGCUGCAGAGCCACACGCUGCUGCGGUGCUGCUGCCUGCUGUUCCACGGCGUCACCGAUAUCGAGCUGCCCCAGUGCACGGACGUGCCGGAGCUGGACUACCAGCCGAUGAUGAAGUAUCUCGAUCUGCCGGUCGACCCGCUCGCCUACCUGCGCACCGGCGAGCCGACGUACGAGCUGGUCGAGCGGCUCGCCCGCUGCAACGCGGACCAGAUCGAGCGGAUGCGGUACGCCCGGCAGGCCCAGCUGCUCGGCGAGCCGAAGUCGCUGUUCCAGCCGGCCCUGCCCGUCCGCAAACUGAUCGACCUGCCGGACGACUACAGCGAUCUGAUCAACAGCGUGUCGCUGUUCACCUGCCCGAACAACAUCCGGGACGAUUCGCGCAACCCGACCAUGUGCCUGGUGUGCGGCGAGAUACUCUGCUCGCAGUCGUUCUGCUGCCAGAAGGAGCUGGACAAGAGCCCGGUCGGCUCGUGCACCUACCACACCGCCGAGUGUGGCGCCGGCAUCGGCAUCUUUCUGCGCAUCCGCGACGCGGAGAUACUGCUGCUCGGCAUCAACAAGGGCUGCUUCAUCCCCGCCCCGUACCUGGACGAGUACGGCGAGACGGACCAGGGGCUGCGCCGGGGCAACCCGCUGCGGCUGUGCAAGGAGCGCUACCACAAGCUGUACAUGAUCUGGCUGACGCACGGGCUGCACGAGGAGAUCACGCGGCGAAACGAGGCGCAGCAGACAAUAUUUGCCACCCAGUGGCAGAACCUUUAAAAGAAACUGUUUCUCGUGGCGUGGGGAGUGAAUAGAAGGGGAAAGGAGUUCGUUCGCGCGGGUGACGAUUUUUUGACGCACAUAGUAAGAAGUUUGAAUUAGGAGCGAAGGAUUUGGACGGGAAUGGUUUGAAGCGAGGGGAGAGUGAGAAGGAGGGAGAGAGCAAAGGGAUAAAGAGAGAAGGGUUAGGAAAAGCGAGGGUAAGGAGCAGGUUGUAAUCGCUAUGUACAUUAGCACAUGUGUAUAUAUGUAGUAAUGGUGCGCGCGUGUGCAACAAAAGCGCGCGCGAUCAACACACACACACACAAACAACACACCGAGCGAAUUACACAGGACACACACAGUCACUGGCAGACAGGAGGCGGAGUAUGCUAGAAAGGUAAAAGGCGGCAGGUAGGAAGUAGCUGCCAAAUAUAUGAUGUAGCGCGUGAAGAGAAGAGAAAUUAGCUGCACGAACAACAGCAAACGAACGGGGCAGUGGGAAAGGGUGGGAAUGUACUUUCGAGCUGUUACUAAAUAUACCGUACAUCAUUGUACCGCGCGCACACGCACCGUUCGCAUUGUGUUGCAAAGCCCAUUGUGUAAAAACCAUAUAUAAUUGAGAGAUAGCCCGCAUACAGGCAGGCAGAAACUGGAGGGAGACGAAAAGGGAUCAUUUCUCAAAACGAAAAACAAAAAAAGCAAGGAUUAAAACCGGAAGCAGCGCCUGUGUCUCCGCUAGAAGUGAUGAACGCGUGUGCGCAAGCACACACGCGCGCGCGCAUAAAAGAAGAAUUCAAAAUUCUUUGUCCAGCGGCGAGUAGUGUGGUGUGUGCCGCAAAUGAUUCAAGGAAGAGGAGGAGAAUGGGGAGAGGAAAAUGAACUAGGAAAAAGGCUAGUAAUAGUUUUGAAAUUUUGGCGGGAGGUUGAAGGUAAAACUGUUUAAAAAAUUGGCGUUUGCGGAAAGGGAAGAAAACCGUGGCGUGGCGCGCCGCAAAAGGCAAAAUUUUAGUGGGCGCGAAGAAGAAGAAGCAGCAGGAAGGAAUGUUAGUGUUGGCAGAGGAAUGUUGGCUGCGGAGAGUUAGUUUUGAUAAGACUGAAGGAAAUUCGACCACUAAAAAAACAUCACGACCACACGACCACACACCGGACAUUGAAUGAGAAGAGGACAGAUAAAGAGAGUCUCCCGCAAGAUCAAAGCAUUUUUUUUUGUUUGAUUGUUUUAACAUUUGUUUUUCUACAAUUACGCGCACGCGAAUGAUUUUGUUUAGUUUUUGUUUUGUUUUAUUUAAUAUGUUUAGCUUCUAUUUUUUCUUUUCAUUUUUAGUCCCCAUUUUUUUCAAAAAUUAUGUUCCUAUUUUCGUAUUGGCCACGAAGAAUGGGAGGUGGUACUUGUACGCGAUACUCCCAGUAAGUUUACUGCGUUGUUGUUGAAACAAUCGGGGACAAUGUUACACACCUACAGAAGAUAACACACAAAAGAAAGUCAUGUAAUGAAUUUGAAAUCUCUAACAAAGCAAAUGAAAAAUAAUAAAGCUACAGAAACAAGCAAAACGCUCUCGCGCGCUCGAACAAAGAAUCGGCACGAACUAUAGGGGAUAGCAAGGAAUAGGGAAACAGGGUGAGCGAGGCCGCUGGACUGAAUGAAGGGUAAACCAGGGAACCAGAGCGAUGGGACUUUCUGGCGUGUCAGUGAUCGGAGACAGUCUGCCCAGCGCCGCUAUCGUGCAAAACCACGGUUCAUCGUAAGCAAUUGCGUGCGGCAAGUAAUAUAAUUAUGGACGAAGCAGCUAAUGCAGCAGGAUCAGACAAAAAAAAGCAGGGAACAGAUCGGCAUUGAGAAACAGCGUAAAAAUACAACACCCAAGCAAACACGUUUAUUUUCGUAAAACGGCUAACUCGGUGCAUAUCGAAACCACCCCGUUCAACGCGUGUGUCUUGGCUUCAUGGUACCAUUUUGUUUAAGUUUGUUUAGAAGAAGAUGAUGGUAAUAAAAUAAUAAUAUUUAAAAAAACA